GAACAAAGCAGAGAGGGAGCAGAACAGCCAGAGGAGAAAUGAAAAAAGAGACCUGGAAGGUUGUUUGCAAGGAGGCAAUGUAAUUUGGAGCUGAGACGAUCUACAAGAAGAGGGAGACAAGAACCCGGAACUGACAGACACAGCUGGCAGAUUGCAAGGACUGGGGAUGGAAUCAUGGAUUGAAAUUAGAAGCGAGACAGAUUGAAAGGAGACGCUUCCAAAUGGCCAAGUGGGAAUACCUGGGCAGCUGAUGGAAGAACUGUGAGCUCUGCAGCCCUUCCAUCAUGAGCGACAACAGCACAGACUACGAUUUCCUAAUGGAUGCCUACAUAUAUUAUCAAUUAAGUGACUUGAUCGUUCUUAGCAUUGCCAUCUUUAUCUGCAUAUUUGGGGUGGUGGGGAAUGGGCUGGUUACCUGGUUACUCAGCAUCCACAGUACAAGUAACUCUUUCACCACCUAUAUCUUGCACCUGGCUGUGGCUGACUUGGGCACCCUUGUAUUUUUGAUGGUGCAUCUUAUUCUUUUGCUUGUGAACCGUUAUCAUGGCCUACUGUUCUAUGAUUUUAGUUCAGCUAUACAACUGAGAAAUCUCUUUCAUUGUACAUAUACAGCUGGUCUCUGUUUCCUUACUGCUCUCAGCGCAGAAAGGUGUCUGUCUCUCCUCUUUCCGGUCUGGUACCAAUGUCAUAGGUCAAGACGGCUCUCCUCCAUGUUAUCUUUUCUGAUCUGGACCUUGUCUGCCAUGUUCUAUGGGAUGCAAAUUUCAUUUUACAUGGUUUAUCACCAGAUUUUGAUCCCACUUCAUAUAAUGUUCAUAGUCAAUUUCUAUUUUUUGCCCUCCCUCCUUGGUGCCCUGCUUUUGGUCCUCCUUGCCAAGAUCUGUUGCAACUCCCAACCACUAUCACCAGGAAAUCUAAAUCUAGUUCUUCUUCUCUCCCUCCUUUGUGUCCUUUUACUCCGUGGCCCAUGGACUGUUGCAUCCUCCUUUGAUGACGACAGGCAAUUUCGCAAACUUUUUGUAUUUUCCCAGCUUAUCUUUUCUGUCAACAGCAGCGCCAAGCCUGUCUUUUAUUACUUUGUGGGCAAAGGGAUGAAAUGGUCAUCUCGAGAACCACUGAAGAUAGUGCUGCAGAGAGCUUUCUGGGAAGAAACGCCUUCCAGGGAUAAUCUGACUGCCAGAAAUGCAAGUGGCGUAGUAAGUUGCUGAAUCCGAACCACAAAGUGUCCAAACAAGCAGUGGAGGGAGAAGACAAGUUUUGUUUGUAGAGUAUUUGAGGAGCCAGGGGUGUGCAAUUCCCUAACCAGCUUCAUGGCCAUUUGCCUGCUACUAGACUUCAACACUCGAGCUGCAGUAAAUCUUCCUCUUUAGCCAGGCCUUGUCAGCUUCAGGGAUGUUAAUGGUACUCAUUAGCAUUUAAGUGUUAGUGUUUUAUGUUCAUUUUGAAUUGUGACCUCCCUGGAGCAUCCUAUGGACAGAACUGUGGGUUGUAAAUCAGAAUACUUAUAAACAAGUAUGUAAGUGUAAGUAUUCAGUAGUGGGCGACAACUUUACCAACUUUAGUAUCAGUUCUCCAACAUCUGCCAAUACUUAUUUACACUUAUGUAGAGGUGGGGUCCAGUGUUCUACUUUCCAUCUCUAUUCUGCUGCCAUUUUGUGUGUAAAAGGAUUAAGGCUAGAACAAAGAAAGUUCAUUCCCUUUGGAACUGUCCAUGCUAAGUAUCCACAGUAUUGUUUCCAGUGAUCAGUAAUUGGUGCCUGUCUACAAGAUGUAAAGUCUUGCCUGCUGUUCGUGUCUUUCUGUCCCCUCUUCCCACACCAUUUUUGCCUGUUUUUUGUCUCCUUUUUGCCAGUUAAUUGUUUUCAGUAAUAAACAUCAUGCUAUACUG